AUGUCCAGUCUUUCUGUGUUCAGGGAUGUCCCCCAAGCCCAGAAGCUGGAAGGCAGCUUACUAAAGAUCUACAGGCAAGAUGAAUAUUCUGCCAAGUUGUUCUUGGCCUACCGAGUCUGCAUGAGCGAUGACGGCCAGCCCUGGGUUUCUCUUGUGGUGCACAAGACCCGCCAGCAGAUUGCACAGGACCCCUCUCUGAACUAUGAGUAUUUGCCCUUGUUGGGUAUGAAAUCGUUCAUCCAAGCCUCUUUGGAGCUUCUCUUUGGAAAGCAUAGCCCAGCCAUUGCGGAGAAAAGGGUCGGGGGUGUACAGACUGUUGGUGAGAGUGGAGCCUUCCAACUCGGAGCCCAGUUCCUCAAGAUGUGGCGUAAGAAUCUGAAAGUCGUUUGUAUCAUCUCAUGUCAAAAGGAGCACUAUGGACUCAUCUUCCAGGACAUGGGUUUUACAGUUUACGAAUACUCCAUCUGGAACCCCAAGGAUCUGUGCUCAGACCCCUGCUUGUUCUUUGAAGUGAUAGAGCACAUCCCAGAUGGCAGUAUCCUUGUGAUUGGGAACAUCAUUGACUGCAGGUUCACACAAGAGCAGUCGGUGAAGCUAAUGUCCACCAUUAAGAACAAGGAGAUAUUUCCCUUCUUUGACAUUCCCUGUCAAGGGUUAUCCACUGGGGACCUGGAAGAAGAUACCAGACUCUUACAGCACUUUGUGUCUCUCGGCUUUGAGUUCUUCUGCAGUCAGUCUCUAUCCAAGAACUUUGGCAUCUACGAUGAAGGAGUGGGGAUCCUCGCCGUGGCAGCCCUCAGCAACCAGCACCUGCUGUGUGUCCUCUCCCAGAUGAUGAAUUAUGUCCAGGCCCUGUGGCAAAACCCUCCUUCCACGGGGGCUCGGGUAAUCACCACCAUCCUCUGCAACCGGGCUCUGUUUGGAGAGUGGAAGCACAAUCUAAAAAGUGUGGUGGAGAACAUCAUGCUCAUCAAGGAGAAGGUGAAGGAGAAGCUCCGGCUCCUGGGGACCCCUGGGUCCUGGAAUCACAUCACCCAACAGAGUGGGGCCCAUGGUUAUCUGGGACUUAACUACCAACAGGUAGAGUUCCUAGUCAAGAAGAAGCACAUCUACAUCCCCAAGAACAGCAGAAUCAACUUCUCCUGCAUCAAUGCCAAGAACAUAGACUACAUCACACAGAGCAUCCAUGAGGCUGUGAUGUCAACAGAGGGCUGAGAAGGGCGUCCUCUCCUCAAAACUGACCCUGAUUGCAAUGAAAGCUUCAUGGAUUCUUUGGAAA